AUGGCGGAGCCCGCUCGGCUCAUGGGCCAGACCGCGGCCAACGUCGACGCAGACGACGUUGAUGCGGACGGCGAGUACGAGGAAGAUGACAUGGGCUACGAGCAGGUCACCCGGGAGCAGACUCAGGAUGAGGGGCACACCACAGACGCCGAGGGCUCCGAUGUGGAUGCCGAGGGCGAAGAGAUAGAUGAGGAUGACGACAGCGAGCCUGUAGGCGCCGUCAAAAUCGCUGCGCCCGAGGAUGCCUUUUCUGAAGAGGAAGACGAGCGCGACGGAGACGCCGCAGUGGAGUCCUCAUCGGACGCCAAGAGCAGCGCCAGCGAGGACGAGUCCGAUAGCUCUGAACUUUCCGAAGCGGAGAAUGGUUGGCAGGUGGAAAGCGAGAACGAGGAGGCUGAUGCCGAGAAACCAGAUCCAAAUGUUUGCGUAUAUUGUAAUGAGGAUGAGGAUAAUGACCCAAACGAGGAGUUCGAGGAGAUUCUUUCAUGUGUGGAGUGCGGAGAUAUGGCACAUCGGCAAUGCGCCCGCGACGCUAAAACCCUUAGCCCACAUGAUGAUACGAAGAAAUGGACCUGUACAGCUUGCAUCAACAAUGGACUCCACGAGAGCGAUCGGGAUGAGACCUCUGAAUCACUCACUCGACGUAGGCUUUCGUCAGUGCCCAAACUAGCUCGAGAUCUGCUGCCCUCGCAUCGUGGGCACGUCCCGAAAGGGCACUCUAUCUUCAAUGAACUCAUUCUUCCCGAUGACUCAGCUGACGGGACUCGUUCGCUGCGGAAACGGAAGGCUUCGCAUGAAGAAGAGGUGCAGCUGCCUGUCAGGCAAGCGAGGAAAAGGCGUAGGUCGUCCGAGGUCUCAAGACCGGAUAUGGAGAAAUCUGCUGCUGCCUCACCGCUACGUGCGCCUGCCAGAAGUGUUAUGACAGACGGAAACGAGACCGAUGCUGCCCACCACACCGCCUCAGAGCACGAAUCAAGUCGACUGCGUUCUGUGCGCGCUCGACGAACCAAACCCAAGAGGACUGACAAGCGACCACUGGCUUGGAUCGACGAACCCCUCGGUACGAAAAGCCUAGUCAUUGCUUUCCACCUGAACAACGAGAAAGUUCAGAAGAUAGUAACUGCAAAGCCAAAGAAAUCGGAGGUUAGACCCAUGACCAGGGACGAGGAGCGGCGUGAGCGACGCCGCGAGAAGGAUCGCGAGCGCAGGGAACGCAAUCGCCGCGCCGAACGGGAAGCCCGGGAGUCAGUUGAGGAGACACACUAUCCAGCGGCCCACAGCCAAUUCGCUGCCCCGUUCUAUGGAUUUGCGGAUAAGGAGACAGACGAAAACAAGAGUAAGCCAUACGGUGGCAUACUUUCUGAAGCAGACGCCGAUACCUCAAAAACAUACCCAACCGCAGCAGACAGGAAACGCUUUGAAGAUGCCCGUCAGAAAGCGGAAGAAGAUUGGAAUCGGAAGCAAGAAGAGCUGUACGCAGGUCAAGAGCCGCAGAAACCCUUGAAACAUACAGGCCCGCCCAGCAAGAUAAAGUGUAUCAACUUUGGCGGCUGGGAAAUUGACACAUGGCACGCCGCGCCAUAUCCCGAAGAGUACAGCAAGAACAGGGUGCUUUACAUUUGCGAAUUCUGCCUCAAGUACAUGAACUCUGAUUAUGUAGCAUGGCGGCACAAGCUCAAAUGCCCUGCAAAACACCCCCCAGGAGACGAGAUCUACCGUGAUGGCAAGUUCUCAUUCUUCGAAGUCGAUGGUCGCAAGAAUCCCGUGUACUGUCAAAACCUGUGUCUCCUUGCUAAGCUUUUCCUCGGCUCGAAGACCUUAUACUAUGACGUGGAGCCAUUCCUUUUCUACGUCAUGACCGAGUGUGACCAAUUUGGCCACCACUUUGUCGGGUAUUUCUCCAAGGAAAAGCGACCUAGUUCUCUCAACAAUGUUUCCUGCAUUCUCGUCCUUCCCAUACACAUGCGCAAAGGCUACGGUCAAUACCUUAUCGAGUUCUCCUACCUCCUUACUCGCGUGGAGAGGAAAACCGGCAGUCCCGAGAAGCCGCUCAGUGACAUGGGUUUGGUCAGUUAUCGAAAGUACUGGCGGCUUGUCCUGUGCGAAGAGCUCCUCCACCAGAAGGGGCCCAUCAGCAUUUCCGCGAUAUCCGAGCGCACCGGUAUGACCGCAGAUGAUAUUGUUUCUGCGCUGGAAGGUCUCCGCGCUCUAGUGCGCGAUCCUGUUACGAAAACAUACGCACUUCGACUGGACUAUGCGUAUUUCAAGCAAUACAUUGACAAGUGCUACAGUGCUGGCAAUCCAACAAUAAACCCGGAACGUCUGCAAUGGACGCCCUAUGUAAUGGGACGCUUUGGUCAGUACGAAGAUGGACCAGCUCUACAUACCGUGCAGCAACGCGAUGAGGAGGACGAGGAAGACAAACCUGAGCCUGAAGAGGGUGUCCAAUUGGAAAUGGCUGCAAAGUCUACAAAACAAAAUGGCACGUCGCAAAAUGACUCAGCAAUUGGCGAAGAUGGUGGAGAAGAUGCACCGACGCCUGUCCUUGCGGCCGAAGACUCCGUCAAUGGCGGUUCGCCUACGCCUGGCACACCUCUUGCGAAUGGUAGUACGGUUGCUGUCGCUGGGUCUCAAAUCACAAGUGCACCAUCAAUUCCAGCAACCCGAUUCGAAGUGUUCCCUCACAUUCCUGGCCAGCAACCCCCAAAGCGACGAGCCGGACGACCCUUCGGUGCGCGACGUCGAACAAGCACGCCCCAAAGGAAUCGUUCUCAUACCUUGACCAUAGCGACUGCGCCUGUUCCCCGCAUACAGUUCUCUCCAAACGGAAGUGGCAAGGCCUCGCCAAGCAUAAAUGGUAUGCAUACACCUAGUAUAAGCCUGCGACGUACCAGGAGCAGGCUUGGCGAGAGCGUAGUGAAUGGCAUCGAUGAUGAUGAGCUUGAAGAGGGCGGUGAAGUCAAAGCACCCGGUAGACGAACAACUCGUAGCUCAACGAAAAGCCCGCACACCAUCAAGAGUGCCAAAGGAAAGGGGAAGGCCCUGCCAGAUAACGAGGAGGAAGAGGAGGAAGAGGGAGAAGAGGAGGAAGAGGAAGAGGAGGAAGAGGAAGGGGAGGAAGAGGAAGGGGAGGAAGAGGAAGGGGAGGAAGAGGAAGGGGAGGAAGAGGAAGGGGAGGAAGAGGAAGGGGAGGAAGAGGAAGGGGAGGAAGAGGAAGGGAGGAAGAGGAAGGGGAGGAGGAAGAUGCGGAAGGGGAAGAUGACGACGAAGAUGCUGAAGGAGAAGACGAUGAUGAAGACGCCGAGGGCGAAGACGAGGAUGCCGAAGGAGAGAUGGAUGUUGAUGCGGAAGGCUCAGACGACGACGAGCUUAUGCCUGACGCAUGAGCACAAAAUUGCGGACAUUGUUGCCGUUGCUAUAUUUGAACGUGUGUAUGUUUUGGUUGGAGUUUGA